GCUGAUUAUAUGUGCGACGAGAAGACAGAUGUUGUCGCUGCUACUCGUGGUGCUGCCCUUGCUGGCGGAGGGCGCUUUCUCAGAGGAGAGUGUGGGCUGUGUACUGCCAGCUGCCUCCACGGAAAAGUUCUACAUGACUACCGAGGAGAAGCCGUGGUACCAGCAGUACCAGUACCAGGUACCCGGCCUGUUUGACCUGGGCUGCGUCACGUACGUCCAGUCUCCUGGGGAGAGCGACACCGAGAUGUACCUCACUGGCAACUUCAGCAAAGCGCCUCUCUUUCCUCUGAACAGCUAUGUGUCUGUCACUGGAAACAAGCUGGACAAGGUCUAUGAAGGCGUAUGGGAAUCUCUACUGAGCGGACCAUAUAAUGUAGUGUACUCGCACGAGGAUUUCAUCAUGGACCACUACUGCUUUCUGGGAUAUGAAAUGGCUCAAAUCUUCACAACUGUCAAGGAACCUAGCGACGAGUUGAUGGAGCUGAUAUGGGAAGUCGUCAGUAAUCACACUGAAGUGGACAAGUCUAAAUUUAAGAAAGUGGUCUGUUAAUGCUGUACUUCUGAUAAAUAAAUGUUAAUGUAGCACAUA